CUGGAAAGUAUGACAGUCAUAUCCAACUGUGUAUCCAGCUGUGUCAAGUCUUUUCAUUCAAUCCAGCUUUCACAAUUUGACUGUAAUACUUUGUGAUACAUCUCUCACAUUCCAGUUUACUCAACUUGAAGUGGUUAGUUUAUUUAACUUGUGGUCUAGUUUCUCAAAAACAGUACGUUUCCAGUAAGUUUUCCAAUACCAAACUUUACAUAUCACACAUUAGUGACAGAGUUCAUCUGUUCGUUCCUCUCUCCUCCCUCUCUCUCAUCGCUGGCCAUCACCUCUUUUCAACUCUUUAUUCUCUCAUAUCUUUCUCCACUUACACACCUUUCCCUCCCUGUUACCCUGUCUUUCUCAUCAUAUCUCCUUUCCCGAUUCCCCCUUCCCUACGCUUCCCUCCACAGCAGCCAGAGAAGCCAGUACCUAGACCAGGAUCGCAGGUGAAACGCCACUCUUCUUUCUCCAGCAGCAGAGAGAUAGAGAAGGCGGAUUCCUUAGUCACCAUAAAGAGACACGGCUCCAGUAAGUCCCCCGAAGAUGCKAAUCAGUAUGCAUCAGGGAAGUAUGGCAAAACACGAGCCGAGGAGGAUGCCAGGAGGUACCUGAAAGAGAAAGAAGAGAUGGAGAAGGAGCGAGAGGUCAUAAAAAAUGCCCUGCUCGUAUUACGCAAUGAUAGGAAAGAGGUGAAGGAACAACUGAAGGAUGCUACAGGUAAGCAGCAGAAGCAGCUAGAGAAGCGUUUGGCCCAGCUGGAGGAAAGCUGCAGGGGGAAGGAGGGGGAGCGGGUGGACCUGGAGCUGCGUCUCAAUGAGGUGAAGGAGAACCUAAAGAAGUCCCUGGCUGGAGGGGUGCUGGGGCCGCUCACAGAGAGCAAACCCCCCACUAGCAAACCCCCCAGAAAGGUCCGGAUCAGUAAAGUUGACAACACAUACACUGAGGCAUCCAUGCCAGUCAACUGUGCUGCGGAGAUGCGGAAGUGCCCCCCAUCCAUCUGUUCAUCUAGCAAGGGGAACGUCAUGCAGAAAGCCAAGGAAUGGGAGUCCAAAAAGGGGACUUAGAGAGACACUGCUCAUUCAGAUGGUCAGUCAAAUGCUUGUUGUCUUGGAACAUGUUGGAGUUGAUUUGAAAAAGGAGGAGGGGUGAAGCAGGGACUCCAUUAUCUUCAACUUUUCCACUUCCCUCUUGGAGAGCCAAAUAUUUACUGCACAUCGCUGAGCUGAAAAAAUUGUGACAGGGGAACACAACUCCUGGAAUUGUUGAAAAACAUCAUUCAAAGCCCUAUCAGUCACUAGGAAACACUGAAUGCUCAUUCUGUAGCAUGACACUUGUUUUGUGAUUCAGUAAUUGCUUGUGUUGCAUGUGGUAUUGUUGUUCCUUCAGAGUGUGGAAGAGGAUAUGUUCUGAGGACUCCAUGUGGACACAUCAGGCUGGACUUGAGAUGUUGAGAGGAGAGAUUUUUAGAGGGUGAAUAUGCAUACACAUUAUGCACAUAUCUGCAAGAAUAGAUAAUAAAGGGAAAGAGAAUAUUGUAUUGACUGUGAGAGUUUGUUGUUGGAAUAGUUGCCUAAAAGAGAUACUGUAUCCCAUAGAAAUACCGUUUUAUGCUCCACUACGUAAGUCAUUUCAAAACAUGCACAGAUGUUCAGAGUGGGAGGGGAGAAAAACCUUCCAUGAAGUGCAUCAAACAUUAUUCCAGAUCUUGUUUUAACAACUUGCCGGACCACAGACAGAAAAACACAAGACACAUUAUGACACCUGUAUAAAUGUUAUAAAUGUUAUUACCAUUGUUAUGGUAAUGUGAGACUAAUUAUGUGACUAAACAAUGAUGUUUCCGUAUUACGUAAUUCACUCACCGUUUCUCACUGUAAUGAGCCUUUUAAUUCUAAUGACUUUUGCACUUUACUUUAUUUCUAUGUGUAUUGUACAUAAAAGCUCUUCAUUGAAAUUGUCUGACUUUUUCAAACCGGUCUGAUGGUCAUGUCACAGAAAGGAUAGCAGAGGGUGUUUGUGUGUAUGUGUGUGGCAGUAAGAACCUGUUAAUACGCCUGUAAUAGACUAUUGGAGAAUUCAUUGAAAGAAUGAUGAUGGGAUUACACACCUCCACCAGUUGGGUCCUUGCUAUCCGGUAUCCUUGGGAUGCCUCUACCCUAUUGAAGUUCAAAUUGAAAAUGGUUACGGUAUUUGGUAUAUUAUUA